AUGGCUAUGAAAUAUGUGAGCGCCUACCUGAUGGUUGUGCUUUCCGGCAACGAAAAUCCCGGGAAAAAAGACAUUGAGAAAACCCUCUCCUCCGUAGGGAUCGAAACCGAGGGCGCGGUCGUCGACGCUUUGCUUAAGGGUGUUCAAGGAAAGAGUGCUCACCAGCUGAUCGCGGAGGGGAUGAAAAAACUACAAAGCGUGCCGACUGGUGCACCAGCGGCAGCCGCUCCUGCUGCUGGUGGUGGCGGUGGUGCAAAGGCAGAAGCAGCACCGGCAAAGAAGGAGGAGAAAAAGGAAGAAGAGGAGGAGGGAAGAUGA